AAUUCACGUCCACAGCUGACACGGGCCGUUAACAACUCUGAACUGCAGCUAAUUGGGCCUAUAAUGGCGUCAGAUUUGUGCUACAUCGAUGCUCAUUGUCACUUGUCAGCCAAAGACUUUGAUGAGGACAUUGAUGAUGUCAUUGACAGAGCUAAAAAGGCUGGCGUGGGUGCGGUCCUCGCUGUUGCUGAACAUCAAGAGGAGUUUGGUCGAAUUCUCCAGCUCAGUGAACGGUUCACUGACUUUGUCAUGCCAUGCCUUGGUGUUCAUCCUGUUCAGGGGGAUCCCAGUCACGAACAGAGAGGUGUGCGGCACUCAGACAUAGAGGGCGCUCUUGAGUUCAUUGAAGCAAACUGCAGUAAACUUGCUGCCAUUGGUGAGGUAGGGCUAGAUUUUACCCCUCGGUUUGUGAAGAGUGAUCAGGAGAAACAAGAACAGAGAGAAGUUCUAAUCAGACAAGUUGAGCUUGCAAAAAGACUGGAUCUUCCAUUGAACGUUCAUUCAAGGUCUGCUGGGAGACCAACUAUAAAUCUGUUGAAGGAGCACGGUGCAGACAAGGUGCUAUUACAUGCCUUUGAUGGUAAACCAUCAAAUGCCAUGGUCGGAGUGGAGUGUGGCUACUUCUUCUCCAUACCGCCCUCUAUUGUCAGGAGUGAACAGAAGCAGAAACUUGUGAAGAGUCUUCCGAUGGAUAGAAUACUUCUGGAAACAGACUCCCCAGCAUUAGGCCCUGAAAGACAGACUCGCAACGAGCCCAAGAAUAUCCACAUCAGCUGUGAUUACAUAGCAAGAGUCAAGAACCUUACCCCUGAAGAAGUGAUGAGAAUUACCACAGAGAACGCUCUUAGACUGUUUCCAAAACUACGAAAAUUACUUCAUAGAUGAUGUUGACACUGACAGAGCAGAUUGGGAUAAUGAAUGUGGUUUUAGUUUUGCCCUACACCAAUGUUUUUUCUGCAUAGACCCCUUGCACAAUGCACCAGGGAGUCAAAAUGAGUAAAAAUGAAUUGAUUGACCCCCCACUCCCCAAAAGGAGGAAGUGAUAGACCCGCAUUGUUCGGAGGCGUGUUUUGCUUUAUGCAAGGGGUCUACUUUAUAGGCCCUACUUGGUGCUUUGCAAGUCCUGCUGAUGAUACUAAAUGUAUGUAAUACAGUUGUACACGUAACAAACAAACAAAAUAAAACAGUGCUCCGUGUGAGUAUUGCAUACUGGCUUUUAAUUUAAUAAAACUCAUAAUCUUUUUAAAUUUACACUUGUUUACUUGACUGGUAUUAAUUUCAUAUGAACACAAAAAGUGCAAGCCUACCCACACACUUAACCCCGGUUCAUACUUCCUGUGAACUUGAAGCCAAUUUUGACGUCACAUGGCUGUUUCACAGCGAAUGUUUCGC